UUUUUUUCCAAAUACUCCACUCCCUCGGAGGCUGCCAUUACUGUAGUGAAUGAAGGCAGAAAGAGGGGAGAGCAGACACAAAUACGCGACUGGGAGGGAGGGGCAGAGAGAAGUGGAACGGCCUCGAGACAGAAGAAAGGCUCGCUGGCUCUGGAGGAAGUCGUCGUGAAGAAGGGGGUCUCACAGCCUGAGGAAGCGAGCCGGGAGAGGGGCAGAUUAGCCAAGCGUCUAUGGCUCAGUCGGCUGCUAACGGAGUGGACCAGGAUGUGUCCGGCAAGAGGCUGCACUCGAGAGAGGGCCAUGUGUAGACUGGUCCAUCAUGGAGCCCGACCUCAGUCUAUGCUAAAACCUUUGCAUGUGGAGCUCCAGGUGUACGUGAACAAGACGCGCACCAAGCAAAAACACAGAAUGGAGGCUUCCUGCUUGGAGCUGGCCUUGGAAGGAGAGCGGUUAUGCAAAGCCGGGGACUUUAAAGGGGGAACAGCAUUUUUUGAAGCUGCCGUUCAGGUCGGCACUGAAGACCUAAAAACCCUCAGUGCCAUCUACAGCCAGUUGGGCAAUGCUUACUUCUACCUCAAAGAGUAUGGCAAAGCCCUGGAAUACCACAGACAUGACCUUACCUUGGCCAGAACUAUAGGUGACAGAAUUGGAGAAGGAAAAGCUAGUGGUAACCUUGGUAACACAUUGAAAGUGUUGGGCCGCUUUGAUGAGGCUGUCGUAUGCUGCCAAAGACAUUUGGAUAUAUCUCAAGAGCAGGGUGACAAGGUUGGGGAGGCCAGAGCACUGUAUAACAUAGGAAACGUGUUUCAUGCAAAGGGAAAACAGCAGCUGUGGGGCUGCACCCAGGAACCUGGAGAUCUGUCUCCUGAUGUCAGGGAUACGCUGCAACGAGCUACCGGCUUUUAUGAGAUGAACUUGUGUCUGGUCAAAGAGCUUGGUGACCGAGCUGCUCAGGGGAGGGCUUACGGCAAUCUGGGCAACACCCACUACCUGUUGGGUAACUUUGUCGAGGCUAUCAAGUUUCACCGCCAGCGAUUAUCCAUUGCCAAAGAAUUUGGGGACAAAGCUGCUGAACGGCGGGCCUACAGUAAUUUAGGGAAUGCCCUGAUAUUCCUGGGACAGUUCAACACAGCCACAGAGUACUACAGAAAAACUCUGCAACUAUCCAGGCAGCUGAGGGACCAGGUGAUGGAGGCCCAGGCCUGUUACAGCCUGGGAAACACCUACACUCUUCUGCAGCAGUAUGAGAAGGCCGUAGAGUACCACCUCAAACACUUGUACAUAGCCCAAGAGCUUACUGACAGGGUUGGGGAGGGUCGUGCCUGCUGGAGUUUAGGAAAUGCCUACGUGUCUUUGGGAAACCACAAACAAGCUCUCCACUAUGCUCAAAAGCACCUGGACAUAUCCAAAGAAAUUGGAGACAGAAAUGGGGAAUUGACAGCCAGAAUGAAUGUGGAGCAGCUAAUGGAAGCCCUGGGAGUCAAUGAAAGCGAUCUUUCACUUUCCAGUUCAGAGUUUGAGAUGCAGGGAGCAAGACCCAAGAUCACCAAGAGGAACAGUACGGAUAGCGUAGAAUUAUGGAAGUACUCUUCAGAUAAGAAUGACGACAACCAAAACUUGGAAAAUAUUUCUAUGAGAUCCAAAAGUCAGCUGUCACAGGCUGGUAAGAGAAAAGGCUACUCUGACAGUCAGUCAUCAGAUGACAGGCCCUGGUUGGACUCCCCUGUAGACACCGAUGACAUCACCGUCCACGUUCCGCCUCCAGUGCCUAAGCUGGGCCGUGACCCCUCCGAUGAAGACUGCUUCUUUGACCUCCUGAGUAAGUUCCAGAGCAGCCGCAUGGACGACCAGCGCUGCCACCUCGAUGAGUCACAGGAUGGAGCCAACGGAGAAAGUGCUACAACCACGCCAACCCUGAGCGAAAUUAUAGAUCCUGCAAUUACCACGUCGCCACAGACUGAAGAGCUGUUUGAUUUAAUUGCCAGCUCCCAGAGUCGACGUCUUGAUGAUCAGCGUGUCAAUGUGGGUAAUCUGCCGGGCCUUAGGAUUACCCAUAACAACUUGGGACAUCUGGUUGGUGAGGGAGAUCACCAAGAACCCAGCGAUGACUUCUUCAACAUGCUCAUAAAGUGCCAAUCCUCCAGGAUUGAUGAUCAGAGGUGCUCCCCACCUGAAGCAGGCCCUCAUGCCCCCACAGUGCCUGAUGAGGACUUCUUCAGUUUGAUCCAGAGGGUGCAGGCCAAGCGUAUGGACGAGCAGCGGGUCCAGCUGCCCACAGACGACGACGAGACCAGUCCUCCUUCCCCUGACCCAGAGCAACCUGGUGGCUUUUCCAGCUAGUGCUGGGUGAAUAACUCCAUCAUGCAACAUCAUGUCAAAGAAAAAAAAAAAGAAAAAUAAAUUAAAGAUGACUUUAUACCUAGAGCCAGCACUAAAAGAUGAUCUAACAAGAGUUUUAAAAUGAGACAAAUACCAUGUGCAAUAGGUGUUGCCCCUUUUAAAAUGCCGCUUGAUGUGUUACGUAGUCAAUAUAUGUAAAUGUGAUGAGGGGGGAGCAGAAUGGAGGAUCCAUUAAGUUCGUUUGAGGUGACAUGAUAAAAAAAAAAAAAAGAAUUUGUAAAACACAAAAUUUUAUGUUUAUACUCUGACUAAAGCCUUAAUCAGAAUUACCUAUUCCAGACCCGAGAUUGUAUCCCCGUGUCAGACGCGUGUUUUUAGAUGCACAUGAUGGGCAUAUAUUCAAUAUGGAGAGGUUUUAUGGAGAAUGAAUGGUAGAAGUCACAAAGAUUUAUUUAUUCAAACUUUGUUUAAAUUGCAGGUGUGCACUGAAGUUUUUCUUUCAACACAAGUGUGGAUUUUGAAAUAAGACAAAUAUACUUCAGUUCUGCUCUAAUCAAGGCUGCUUUUGUCAUUCCAUUUUUGUGGUUUCUACUACUCAGAUGAGUCAUUUGUGCAGGAACAGUAUUCGGUUUGGUCCUCCAGUGUUAAACUGCUUUGGUCACUUUAAACACUUUCACUAAACAGAGUAAUUUCUUUGUGAAUUUGAAGUAUUUAAGUUUGAUAAAAGUGAAAGACUGUUUGAAGUAAGAUUUUCCAUUUUAAAUGUUUUGUUUAAGCUGUUAAUGGUAAGAAACAGCUGCUUAUAAUUUGGGUAAAACCAGAAGUGUGAUAAUUUAGGCUUGAUUUUUGAUCAUUUCUGCCUGGCCUUUAAGGAUGCUUUGUGAUGCCCAUCUGAAUAUGGGACAGCACAUUACUGCUUAAUGUCAUUAUUUUUAUCUCAAUAUAGACCUAGAAGCAGCCCGGUAAGUUGGCUGUUAUAUUUUUUAGAGAAUCUGAUACAAUUCAAGCUUGUCUUGCUAGUACACUGCCUCUCUGGUCAGAGCUUUUUAUUACCUCUGUGGCUUACAGGACGCAGACUAAUGGGAGAAUUGCUGCCUGUUCACAAAUUUCAAUGACAUUGUGUAAGCAGUAUGAAAGUUCAGAACAUUUCUCACCGUUUUGGAAAUUUGUACUGUAUACGUGGAUGUUUUUACAAACUUUCAUGAAGCUUCGUGCGCUUUGUCGAAACCAGAUACAGCCAAGUGUAAUUUUCAGUCAUUUUGUCACUGUGACAGUUAAAAAUUCAAGAGAGGUACAAAUACAGAUAGGAAGCAUAAACUGGUCAACAACUUGAAAAAUGUUUGCUUGAAAAACAGAAAAAAAUGUUUCAAACGGAUAUGAAAUGGUACUGAAAAUGGUUUUUCUUUAACUCGAGGCAUACUUUUUAUUCAAAAGUAGUACAUACCUCAUACUUGUACCUCAACGCUUAUUAGAAUUAUAAGAGAUAUUGAUUUGUGAGCCCAGACAGAUUAUGUGGUCAUUUUUUAUUAAUUUGAUAAUGAACACAUCGGGAGCUGCAGUUAAUGUAUUCAUUUUCUGUAUUUUUGUGAAUUAACUGUUUUUGUUUUUUUUGUUUUUUAGAAAGUACCGGGUACGCUUUUAAUUGUCUUUGCCAUAAUUUGUACAUAUAGAUAUUUUUUGUAUUUAUGUUCCUUUUUGAAGACAUGAAAAUGUCCCUCAAGCUUUUAAUAAAAAGU